CGCUCUACCCAUCUCAUCACUACCACUACUAUUGAUCUUAUUAUUCAAUUAACAUAAUAUAUAACAGAUAUUUCUUUCUUCCCUUCUUUGUGGAUCCAAAAGUAGUACCAAAAACAACUUAUAUAGAUGGCCGAUUUCAACACUACUACUAAUCAUGAGCAGCACACCAAUCAGGUUGAUCAUCACAUAAUGACUACUACUACUACUGGGAAAGAAGAAGAAGUAAGAAUUGAAAUGAGUGAAAUUGAGAAGAACAAAGUGGCCAAAAUGAGGGCUCUUGUCCACAAACAAGAUCCUACUUCGAAGGAAGUGGAUGAUGAUUUGAUGCUUAGAAGAUUCCUUCGAGCUCGAGACAUGGAUGUAGAGAAGGCCUCCCACAUGUUCCUCAAGUACCUAAGAUGGAGGCACUCCUUCAUGGCCCCCAAUGGUGGCCGCUUCUCUGACUCAGAUGUUCCAAAUGAGAUUGCUCAGAACAAGUUCUUUAUGCCAGGCUAUGACAAACAAGGACGCCCUAUUCUCCUCGUCUUUGGUGGCAGGCAUAAGCAGCAUAACCUCGAUGAGUUCAAACGUUUUGUUGUCUAUGUCCUUGAAAAAAUAUGUGCCAGAAUGCCCAAAGGGCAUGAGAAGUUUGUAGCCAUUGGAGAUCUUCAAGGCUGGGGUUAUGCCAAUUGUGACAUUCGUGGAUACUUAGCAGCUCUAUCUAUUUUGCAGGACUGUUACCCGGAGAGGCUUGGCAAGUUACUCUUAGUCCACGUUCCCUAUUUUUUCGUGACUGCUUGGAAGAUGAUCCACCCAUUCAUUGACAAAAACACCAAAAAGAAGAAAAACUGGAAAAUUGGGAUUUCAGAAAAAUUUCAAAUUCAGAUAGUCUUUGUGGAUAACAAAAAGAUAAAAGCCACUCUCCUAAACCACAUCGAUGAGGAGCAGCUCCCUGAGAUUUAUGGAGGCAAAUUAUCUUUAGUUCCCGCCCAAGACUGCUGACUACUCUACUAAUGAGUAAUUCAUUCAUAUAGGCCAUAGUUAGUUACAAUAGUGCACAAUUUUAUGUGCUAAUGUACAUAAUUUAUUACUCUAUCAUUUACAGCGAAUCUCCAGCACUUAUUAAAAAAAUUAUGAAUAAUUUAAGGUGUCGACAAUAAAGUCUAAACAAAAUAUUUCUACGUGUGAUGAUAGUAGAAGUUUAGAAUAUUAUUUUGGCACCCUAAAUUAUUCGAAAUUUCAUGAAAAUGUAUUAGAGAUUCGAUGUGAUUAUAAUGAACACUGUCACAUAAAAGAAUUAAGAUUAUAUUUUACCCACGUGUGUAAAAAUAUAUGAUUCACUAUAUAUACCAUAUUUAUUUAUUUGGCUCC